UCGGGACCCAGCGGCGACCGGAGCGGCCGGCGAGAGCGGCGCGGCGGCGGGAGACGGCCCGCGUCGGAGGCGGCGCGCCGGGCAGGCUCUCGGGGUCCCACAGAAGAGUGGAACAAGGCGGCGCCGGGGCCCGGGAAACGCAACAGAGUCGGAGGUCGGUGGGUGCGAAUCGUGGCCUUCCUUGGGAGGAGCGGUCUGUCGUCUAAGAUACGGGGCUUGGGCCUGUACUACCCUAGUUCCCCCAAAACACAACAGGGAGAUAUACUCUCGGAGAGGGCAGGGCAAACUCGCCCCAUCCCCGUCUGCCCCCCGAAAUUCCGGCUAAGUCUUCCCAGCAGAGCCUGGUUCAAGAUGGGGUCCCAGGUCUCGAUGGACAUGAAAGGUGUGCACGUGGUGAUUGUGGGCGGCGGCUUCGGCGGGAUUGCGGCUGCCAGCGAGCUGCAGGCACUGAAUGUCUCCUUCAUGCUGGUGGACAUGAAGGACUUCUUCCACCACAAUGUGGCAGCCCUCCGGGCCUCCGUGGAGAGUGGGUUUGCCAAAAAGACAUUCAUUUCCUACUCGGUGAGCUUCAAGGAAAGCUUCCGGCAGGGUCUGGUGGUGGAGAUUGACCUGAAGAAUCAGAAGGUGCUGCUGGAGGAUGGCGAGGUCCUGCCCUUCUCACAUCUUAUCCUGGCCACAGGCAGCGCUGGGCUCUUCCCUGGCAAAUUGAACCAGGUUUCCAGCCAGCAGGAUGCCAUUCAGGCCUAUGAGGCCAUUGUGAAGCAGGUGCAGCGCUCACAGUCCAUUGUGGUGGUAGGAGGAGGCUCUGCGGGAGUGGAGAUGGCAGCAGAGAUUAAAACAGAGCACCCUGGGAAAGAGGUCACUCUCAUUCACUCCCAAGUGGCCCUCGCCGACAAGGAGCUCCUGCCCUGUGUCCGGCAGGAAGCAAAGGAGAUUCUGCUCCGGAAAGGCGUGCAGCUGCUGCUGAGUGAGCGGGUGAGCAACCUGGAGGAGCUGCCUCUCAACGAGUAUCAAGAGUGCAUCAAAGUGCAGACGGACAAAGGCACUGAGGUGGCCACCAACCUGGUGAUUGUCUGCAACGGUAUCAAGAUCAACAGCUUUGCCUACCGCAGUGCAUUUGAGAGUCAGCUGGCCAGCAAUGGUGCUCUGAGGGUGAACGAGUAUCUGCAGGUGGAGGGCUACAGCCACAUCUAUGCCAUCGGUGACUGUGCCGAUGUGAAGGAGCCCAAGAUGGCCUAUCAUGCUGGCCUCCAUGCCAAGGUCGCAGUGGCCAACAUCGUCAACUCCACACAGCAGAAGCCCCUCAAGGCCUACAAGCCGGGUGCACUGACCUUCCUCCUGGCCAUGGGGAGAAAUGACGGCGUGGGCCAGAUCAGUGGCUUCUAUGUGGGGCAGUUCAUGGUGCGGCUGGCCAAGAGCCGGGACCUCUUCGUCUCCACAAGCUGGAAAACCAUGCGGCAGUCUCCACCCUGAUGGGGAGUCUGGGUGGGGGAUGAGGUGCCGCCGCCACCCGCUGAAUGGAUUGCUUGACCAAUGGUACCCACCUGACAAGUGCUAAAGGGCAGGUGCUCUUUUUCUAAAGGAAGAUGCCAGUGAUGUACUGACCAGAAACACAACUUACAGAAAACCGAAAAUGGAGAGAGAGACAGACAUUAAAAAAAGACACCCCUAGAGGAUUCUUCCUGGGUUUGGAAAGGUCUGCUUGCCCUUUGCUGACUGAAGGCUUCACUUGGUCCUGGAGGGCAGCGGAGGGCACAGCCGGCCUUCUCUACCCCAGGAUGUGUGCGUAUGUGUGCACAUGGGGUGUGGCAUUCAGAGCUCUCAGAGUAGAGAGAGCUGGGUCUCCAGGCGGCUGGCAUCCCAUCCAUAAGGUCAGGAAGGAGGGCCUGCAAAGUGAGACCAGCUGAGGAAGAGAGGCUGGAGUGGAGAGAUGGCCUGCAUCCCAACCUCUCCCAUUGUUCAAGGGAAGCCAAUACAUCCUGUAACACCCAGACUCUUAAUAGGAGUCUAAUUGUUUUUAAAGAUUUUUUAUUAAAAAUAUAGUUAGCAUACAAUAUUAUGUUAGUUUCAGGUGUACACCAUAG